CCUGACCGGGGCCGCUCGCUCCCCUGCGCGCUCACUCACGCCUGCACGCCUCUGCCGCCCCACUGCUUUCCUGCAUUCCCCAGGGACCAGCAAACACAUCCCACUGGAAGAUUUGGUGGCCAGCCCUGUCCCAGAGAGCUGGAGAGCCCGUGCUGAGGAUUGGCUGUGCCGGCCCGGCGGCAGCGGCUGAGGCAGCUGCCCUUGCCGAGAGAGCGGGAAGAUGAGCGCAGGGCCGGCACAUCUCCUGACAACUCUCUUCAUGGCAGCGGCAGCCAUGGGCUACCCAUCACGGCGCUCUGCCACCGACCUGGAUGCCACCCCCAGGACAACAGUCACCUUUGAUGAGCUGUCGGGAGUCCGGCGCUUCAACGCACACACCCUCAACUACAGCACCCUGCUGCUGGAGGACGACCGGGGCAUCCUCUACGUGGGUGCCAGGGGAGCCAUCUUCGCCCUCAACUCCAGCGAUGUGGCCGACGGCUCCCACCACACGAUCCACUGGGAAGCCUCCCCAGAGAAACGGAUGGACUGCCUGCAGAAGGGCAAAAAUAACAAGACCGAGUGCUUCAACCACGUGCGGUUCCUGCAGCGGCUGAACAGCACCCACCUCUACGCCUGUGGGACCUACGCCUUCCACCCGCUCUGCGCCGCCAUCGAUGCCAACAGGUUCACGUUGCCAUCCCACUUUGAAGAAGGCAAGGAGAAGUGCCCAUAUGACCCUGCCCGUGGCUACACCGGCCUCAUUGUGGAUGGAGGCUUGUACACAGCAACACGCUACGAGUUUCGGAGCCUCCCUGACAUUCGGAGGAACCUGUACCAGCGGCCACUGAAAACAGAGGAGUCCCCACUGCACUGGCUGAAUGAUGCUGAGUUUGUGACCUCUGUGCUGGUCCGGGAGAGCAAGGACAGCCCUGUGGGUGACGAUGACAAAAUCUACUACUUCUUUAUGGAGCGGGCAGGAGAAGAGACCACAUCCUUCUUUGACAAAAGUCAGGUGGCCCGAGUGGCCCGGGUGGCCCGUGUCUGCAAGAGCGAUGUGGGGGGGAAGAAGAUUCUGCAGCGCAAGUGGACGUCCUUCAUGAAGGCACGCCUGGUCUGCUACAUCCCCUACUAUGAGGUGCUGCGCAGUGUCUGCAGCCUGGAUGGGGGCAGCUGGGCCAGCACUGUCUUCUAUGCUGCCUUCACACUCUCAGCACAGUGGAGGACCAUGGAGGCCUCGGCUGUGUGCCGCUACAACAUCUCGGCAGUGCAGCGUGCCUUUGAGGGCCCCUACAUGGAGUACCAGGACUGGGCUCGCAAAUGGUCCCGCUAUGACGGUGCAGUGCCCGAGCCCCGGCCCGGCUCCUGCAUCACGGACCUCUCCCGCAGGAAGGGCUACAACUCCUCGCAGGACCUGCCCAACAGUGUCCUGGACUUUGUCAAGCUGCACCCACUCAUGUUUGAGGAGGUGAAGCCAGCUGGCGGGGAGCCGCUCCUGGUGAAGAAGAACGUGGCGUACAGCCAGCUGGCUGUAGACAGGGUGCAGGCCCUGGAUGGCCGCUCCUACGAUGUGCUCUUCAUGGGGACAGGGGAUGGCUGGAUCCACAAGGCUGUGGUGGUGAACUCUGGCAUCCACAUUGUGGAGGAGGUGCAGGUGUUCAGAGACCUGCAGCCUGUGGAGAGCCUCGUGAUCUCCCACAUCCAGAGGAGCCUGUACGUGGGGGCAGCCAGUGGGAUUGUGCAGGUGCCCCUGGCCUCCUGCACCAAGUACACCUCCUGCUAUGACUGCAUCCUCGCCCGAGACCCCUACUGUGCCUGGGAUGGCAGGGCAUGCCGCACCAUCGCCACCACAGACAGCACAGGGCUGGUGCAGGACAUUCAAAGUGGCAACAAGGGAUGCCGGAGCAGCUCUGGACGGGUGCGUGUCCCCACAGGCUCCCUGCUGUGGAAGAACCGGACGGUGCUGCAGGGGGACGAUGUGCUGCUGCCCUGUGACCAGCGCUCCAACCUGGCCCGAGCCGUGUGGCUGCUGAAUGGCAGCGAAGUGCUGGGCACGGGGCAGGACCGGCUGCGCGUGGGGGUGGAUGGGCUGCUGGUGACGGAUACGCUGCCCCAGCACAGUGGCGAGUACCGCUGCUACGGUGAGGAGCAGGGUCUCCGGACACUGUUGGCUGCCUACAGCCUCACCGUGCUGCCCGAGCUGCUCCGCAGCCCUACAGCUGCCCCAUCACCCCAUGCUGCCAGCCAGGCAACCAACGACAUGAAGGUCGCUUACAUUUCUGCCAUCAUCACCUUGGUGGUGCUCUGCACCGUGCUCAGCAUCAUCCUCCUGUACAUGUCCUGCCUGGAGAAGCGCAAGGGCAAGUAUGUGCUAGCGGAGCCACGGCCAGCCAGCGUGGAGCUGCAGACUGUCUCGGCCAACUGCCUGCGCAAGGGCCACCGGGAGGAGGAGGAGGAAGAGCUCACCUACCCCCAUGGCUGCCUGCGGAUCAUCCCUGGCGAGGCGCCCACAGCUGCCACCUCCCCAGUCAAGGAGCUGCCGGCUGCCGUGCCCCCCCUGCCACCCCCGCUGCCAGCCGAGCUCACCAACGGCGUGGGGGCUCUGCCCAAUGUCCUCCGCAAGAUGAACGGCAACAGCUACAUGUUGCUGCAGCAGCAGGAGGAGCCAUUGGCCUCCCCACUCUACAAUGCAUCCUUCACCGAGGAGCUCAGCAAAAUUCUGGAGAAGCGAAAACACACGCAACUGGUGGAAAAGCUGGAUGAGAGCUCUGUGUAGGGGCUGGGGAGGGGGGUCCUGCCAAUGGGACCCUCCUCCCCUCCAGCCCCUUCUCCCACCCUUUGCCAGCAGUAUUACAAGACUCAGGCAAAACUACCUCCUUGAUAGCAGAGCUGGGCCGGGCCCAGGCUCGGCCAUUCCUUUGGCUUUUCACUCACUUUUGAGACUUGCUGUACAGAAAAAAGGAAAAAGUAUCUAUUUAAAUUUGGAGAUUUAUUUAUGUAUAAAAACUCACUGACGGUGGCCAUGAGCUGGAGACAGGAGCUGGCACCUGGCUGAAGGUGGGCACCAAGGGGAGGGAGAGCUUUUGUCUGUUCAUCCAGGCGUGAGAGAGACGCUGUUGUGGAUGUGUGGACUUGGCCAGCCCUGCUGGGCGUCCCUUGGCACACAGGAGCUGGAUAGCUGCUGAGAGGGUUUCCUCUCUGGGAGAGGAUGGUUUGGCGAGGGACAAGAGAGAGGGCGAGGAGCUGAUGUCCAGAAUACCCUGGAGCAGCUGGUGAAGGGGCAUGUGCCCACUGCAAAGAGGCCACAGGGCACUGGAUGCAGCAGCAAGCAGCAAGAUGCACUAGCAGCAGGACUGGCAGCCACCACUGUGCCCUACAGUGUGACAAGGGACCAGCGCAUCAUCCACAUGCCCCUGAUGUCUGCAGUGCCCCUGUGGCUCCAAACACAGCCCUGCCAUCAAUGGGAAAUGUCCUCACACAGUGAGGAAGAACCUUGGACAAGGGCCUGCCUCUCUCUGAAGCCUUCUCUUCAUGGCAGUUUCCAGAAGCAGCCACAGUCCCUAAAUCCUCCAAACUGUUUCUGCAAGUGCCACCUCCUGGGGAACCUGAGAAAAGGGGGGUGACAAAAGCAUCUCAUCCUCCAGGGACAGUGUGGUGACACUGGAGAAUAUGGGAAGGGCCAGACCUGUGGGGGUCCAUAUUCCUCCCCCAUGUUCCUUGCUCGUACCUCCAUGAUCAGGACAUUGUCAAGGGCUCAGCCCUGCAGGGGAAAAAGGAGAUGGGUGACAACCCCCAGGUUCCCUCACAAGCUACAGCUCAGGCCUCCUAUUCCAGGAGAAUGAGGCUUAGCAGCAAAAGGCAAAAACUGCAAACUCUGCCACCCUGCCCCAGCCCUUGUUUUUGCUGCAAGAAUGGGGUGUGAGCCACCCCCAAGGACUACCCCAAGGACCACCCCAACCCCCCAAGGAGGGGCAUCACUCUGUGUCUGGCACUUCUCAUGCCCAGCUCCACAUUCCCCCCCAGCAAUAAAAAUGGCUCUGUCUGGA